GUACGUGUAAUUUCGAGGUCGAAGCGGUGACCUAAAAAGCGUCUAUCCCACUUGAUGACACGACGUUGAAACUUAGAAAAAUGAUUGUUUCAUCGGUCUACUUUGCUUUUCUAGUCUUUCCUUGUUUGUCAUUAGGAUCGACUGCAAAACAAGCGCGUGUGACAAAGGUUGUCUACUUCGAUAUAGCAAUUGGUGAUGAACUUGCUGGAAGAAUUGAAAUUGGUUUAUUUGGAGACAUAGUACCUAAAACAGUUGAAAACUUUGUGCAACUCUCUACCUUUGAACUUGGUUUUGGAUACAAAGGAAGUGUAUUUCACAGAGUUAUUGACAAGUUUAUGAUUCAAGGUGGAGACUUCACUAAAGGAGAUGGCACAGGAGGUAAAAGCAUCUAUGGAGAAAGAUUUGAUGAUGAAAAUUUUGAGUUAAAACACUAUGGUCCUGGGUGGCUCAGCAUGGCUAAUGCAGGUGAAAAUACAAAUGGUUCACAGUUCUUCAUCACAACUAUAGCCACACCCUGGUUAGAUGGUCACCAUGUUGUGUUUGGUAAAGUGUUGGCAGGUAUGGACUUUGUCAAGAAGAUAGAGUCAGUAGACAGAGAUGCAUACGAUCGGCCAAUACAUCCUUGUGUAAUUAAAGAUUCUGGUGUUUUAGCUGACAGGAAGCCUCUGAUGAUAGAACUGGCUUGAGUGGAAUAGAUGUGUGGCCAGUAACCAGGUUAUCUUGUAACUGAUUGCCAUAAAGAAAUGAGAUACAUAUAGAAUAUUUCAUAAAAUAAACUUUAAUGCAGCAUUUAAUCAAUGACCUUGUAGAGACUUACCCUAAACCCUCUUUACACAAGGGAAACAAUCUGUUUGUAGAGUGAAAUUGUUGAGUGAACACCGGAAAAGUAAGCUAUCUAUGUUACCUGUUAUAUAGAAUAACACAGUCAUGCAAUCUGACUAAAGUACUUGAUCUUCUAAACGAAGAUCUGAGAACGGCCUAUUCACAUUCGUCUUCUGUAUAUUUUGGAUUCCCAUUAUUGCUAUUUUUAUGUUAUCCAAUCAGACGACUUGUUCGAUUGUCAAAGGAUAAGAAAAAUAUGCGGUUAUUCCGGGAUUCGAACCCGGGACCCCUCGCUUACAAAGCAAGUGGCCUACCGACUGAGCUAACCGGCUAUCUGAUACAUUGCGACAUAAGAAUUGAAAAUAUCAAAAGUCAAUGCUACAUGUAGAUUUGCAAGAUGUUGUAAGCUAGGCUCUGAUUGGCUAGCGAAAGAGCCGUCAGAACGAGGCAAUGAAUAGGUCGUUUUCAGAUCCUAUGCGUAGCGUAAUAGGAUAUGUACUUUAGUCAGAUUGACAGUCAUGCAUCUAACAGUCCUGAAAAUGUUUUCAUUGAUUUUCGCAUAUUUCUAGAUAUUUUUCCCAUACUUUGACACAUAUAUAUUGGUAGCAGAGAUUGCUCUCUGUCCAGCAAUAUCUUUCUCAACAUAUUUUACCUUGUGAAAUUCUGUGGGUUUUAACAUAUUUAAAAAAAUCAUCUGUUGACAAAUUUCACCUCAAAAAUGUCAUACUUUCCCUAAGGCAUUAAAUGAUUUGAUCUUUAUAUAAUUUUCUAUACAAAGUGCUGACCCUUACAGUAAUUAUGCAUGAUAUUUUCCUGCCUAGAGGUAAAAGGUGCAUGGUUUGCAUGAGACACUAUGUACACAGUCACCUAAACCUACAAUAAAGUUUUAGGGGAGUUGUCUCCAUUCAUACCUGUCAAGUUCCAAAAUUUGAAAGAGUGAGAUAUGUGCGAGUCACCAAGCACCAAGUGGGGGUGGGUGGGGUCUCCCCCUCCCGCAGGUUUUUUUGGGGGGUUUCCCACCAACCUAAGAAAUUUUUUAACAAGAGCACCGCCUUGCGGGUGUAGACACUCAUCUGAUUUUUUUGUCUCUGUAUAAUAGCAGUAUUGUCUUACACAUAAUUUUCUAAGUCUAACAGGGGCCAUAAUUCUUGCAAUAAGCAAUGUAGAGUUAUGGUACUUGCUGCGCAGAGUCAGCUUUUAAUGGCGAAUAACUGCUCCAAGUUUUAAAGCAAUAGCUUUGACCAUUAAGGAGAAAAGUUGACCUAACGCAGAACUUAAUCAAGAAAGCUGAUAUUUUCUAAGUGCAAAAUGGAGUUAUGUUUCUUGCUGUACAGAGUCAGCAUUUGAUGAUGAACAAGUGUUGCAAGUUAUAAAGCAAAGCAAAGCAAUAGCUUUGAUAGUUUUGGAGAAGUGCUGACCUUAAUACAAAACUUAACCAAGAAAUCUGAUAUUUUCUAUGUGCAAAAGGGGCCAUAAUUCUUGCAAAAAGCAGGAUGGAGUUAUGUUUCUUGCUGUACAGAGUCAGCAUUUGAUGAUGAACAAGUGUUGCAAGUUAUAAAGCAAAGCAAAGCAAUAGCUUUGAUAGUUUUGGAGAAGUGCUGACCUUAACACAAAACUUAACCAAGAAAUCUGAUAUUUUCUAAGUGCAAAAGGGGCCAUAAUUCUUGCAAAAAGCAGGAUAAAGUUAUGUUUCUUGCUAUACAGAGUCAGCUUUUGAUGGUGAACAAGUGUUGCAAGUUGUUUUAAAGCAAUAGCUUUGAUAGUUUAGGAGAAAAGUUGACCUAAACAUAAAACUUAACCAGGCAAUGCUAAUGCCGAUGCCGAUCAAGUGAUGACAAUAACAUUUUUGUCAAAAAAUCAGAUGAGCUAGAAAUAUACAUGAAAAUAUGCAUUCUGGUGCUUUCUGAGACCAUUAAUAUGAAUUUUCAGGUCCACCUUUUUUUGCCUUGCUUUAACACAUUCUAUAUAGUAUAUGGAAAACACAUGAUUUUUUGUUUGUUUAAUUAUGUCUCCACCCACAGUAUGUUUUUGCCCUGUCCGUCCGUCAUACUUCAUUUCCGAUCAAUAACUGGAGAAACAUUUGACCUAGAACCUUCAAACUUUAUAGGAUGGCAGGGCUUAUGGAGUAGACGACCCCUUUUGUUUUUGGGGUCACUCCAUCAUAGUUCAAGGUCACAGGGGCCUGAACAUGGAAAACCAUUUCCAAUCAAUAACUUGAGAACCACUUGACCCAGAAUGCUGAAACUUCAUAGGAUGAUUGGUCAUGCAGAGUAGAUGACCCCUAUUGAUUUUGGGGUCACUCUGUGAAAGGUCACUGGGGCCUGAACAUGGAAAACCUUUUCCGAUCAAUAACGUAAGAACCACUUGACCCAGAAUGUUGAAACUUCAUAGGAUGAUUUGACUUGCAGAGUAGAUGACCCCUAUUGAUUAUGGCAUCACUCGGUCAAAGGUUAAGGUCACAGGGGAAAACUAUUUCCUAUCAAUAACUUGAGAACCACUUGACCGAGAAUGUUGAAACUUCAUAGGAUGAUUAGUCAUGCAGAGUAGAUGACCCCUAUUGAUUUUGGAGUCACUCUGUUAAAGGUCAAGGUCACAGGGGCCUGAACAUGGAAAACCAUUUCUGGUCAGUAACUUGAGAACCACUUGACCCAGAAUGUUGAAACUUCAUAGGAUGAUUGGACAUGCAGAGUAGAUGACCCCUAUUGAUUUUUCGGGUCACUCUAUUAAAGUUCAAGGUCGCAGCAGACAGAACUUGGAAAUCCAUUUCAGGUCAAUAACUUAAGAACCAUUUGACUUCAUAUUGUGAUUGGAAUUACAGAGUAGAUCACCCCAAUAGUUUUUGGGGUCAUUCCAUCAAAGGUCAAGGAAAACUAUUUCCUAUCAAUAACUUGAGAACCACUUGACCAAGAAUGUUGAAACUUCAUAGGAUUAUUGAUCAUGCAGAGUAGAUUACUCCUAUUGAUUUAGGGGUCACUCUGUGAAAGGUCAAGGUCACAGGGGGCUGAACAUAGAAAACACUUUCCAGUCCAAACUUGAGAACCACUUGACCGAGAAUGUUGAAACUUAAUAGGAUGAUUGGACAUGCAGAGUAGAUGACCCCUACUGAUUUUGGGAUCACUCAAUCAAAGGUCAAGGUCACAGGGGCUUGAAUAUGGAAAACCAUUUUCAAUUCAUAUCUUUAGAACCACGAGGCCCAGAAUGUUGAAACUUAGAGGGAUGAUUGGACAUGCCAAGUAGAUGAUCCGUAUUGUAGCCAACCAUCAAUGUCUCUUUGACUUAAGCGCAUGUCCCCUAUUCACUUCUUGCCUAUACCACUAUGCAUUGGGAGAGACAUGCUCUUUUCUACAAAAGCAUCUUCUAGUUUUAUUUCAUGAUACAUGUAAAUUUAGUUUUGUAAAAACAAAUAAAAUAAAUAAUGCAAAUUUUAUAACUGA